UUUUUUGACAUUAAAGCGUGACAGCUGGUCCGAAUUAGGUUGCCACUUUUUUAGAUGGAAAAUUUUAGUAAUUAAGCAGUACGAUGCCCAAUAAAAGUAAAAAGACGCAAAAGAUCUUGAUUCCCAAAGGGAUGAUAGACCCGAACGAGGACACCCUGAUAGAGAUUCCAACAGAAUUUAAGCAAACCCCCAUGGUGAUUGCUACCAGGCAAGGGACUCAGGAGACUUCAUUUAGUGUAGAGAGCACCACAAGAGAGAGGGAUGGUUCCAAGAUAAUCUUAACCGAAGGCAAAAGCAGUGUGAAAAUUAUUGAAAACGAAGAGGAGGCGCCUAGGAGCUUAUUGAAAAAACAAGAGAAUAUUGCUAAUGUACCUCCAAUGUGCUGUAUAAAAGGCAACCCAGAACUUCGUAGGAAAUACCAAGAAAUGGAGAAAGCCCGUAAAGAGUUAGAAGAAAGUGCUUUUUUGGCAGCAACCAAUAGCCAACCAUCAACUUCUGUUAUCCCUGGAACUUGUGGUGCCACAGAAACAUUUACUCCAAAACGAAGCUCCUUAUCAACCAGCAGAGCGUCCUGUGAAAAAUCACCCUCUAAAAGUGUCACUGUCUGUUCGGAUAGGAAGCUCCAACAGACUUGCUCCUCUGGUUUCUCCAAGGAGGAAGUUCUAUCCUCGACCCAUCGGAACGAUCAAAACAAUUCGAUAUGUUCAGAUGUGCCUCCUAAAGCAAAAAAAGUAAGGAGAACUAAAGACCAGGCUAGCUCCAUGUCGGACUUAACUAUUCCUAGAAGUAGGGAAGUUAACACUAAAGAAGAUAAAGACGGGUUCUUCUUUUUACAUAAGCCUUGCAUCACUUGCUCUGAUGAACUUGAAAAAGGUGAUGUGCCAUUGAUGGAAGAAAAGAAUACAAGCGCUAUGUGCCUCAACAAAUUAUGCUUGGACACUGGUAAGCAGCGACGGAUGGUAAGCACUACUUGCACUUCAAUUGAGCCUCCUUUAAACAAGAAGUCUCCAUGUAAAGAGUGCGAUCAGCAAUUACCCGAUGAGGAGAUCUACCGAGAAGAUCUUUCGGAUUCAAGAAAAAAACGAUUAAAAGAGUUUUACAAAUGUUCUCAGGUGGACAUAGACUACGUCUACAUAUCGCAACUGAAGCGGCAAUUUGAUGAAGCCAAGAGGAAGCUGGAGGACGCUGUGAUGUUAGCUUCAAUAUCGCUUAAGCAGCUGGCUGGCAGAAACUACGAGUGUCCUUCUAAAAGAGCAACUUCAUCCAUUUGCGAUAGUGUGCCUGAAAGAGAUAUUUGUUCCCCUAAAGACGAUAAAUCAUCUGCAGGAACAAGAAACGAACUGGAGAUGCCCAGGUUUGAUUAUAUGGGAAACGAAGAAUCUACCAAAUUUACUCCGCUCGGUCCAAAAAUUCCUGUAAACACCAAUUCUUUCCGAUCCAGCUACUCUAAAGCGCCCUUAUUCGACUCGGAUAGCAGCAGUCCCUUCUUAAAAAUCCACAGAAGAUCUCCACGGCCGUUCCAACAGAGCGUAGACAGUGCCAUGCAGACCGAGAAUUCCAUUUCUCACAUAUCAGUUAGUAUUAUAUCACUAUGCAGUAAUGAGAACGAAAACUCUUCAAAAUCACUGGAACUGCUGGAACAUAAGAAGACUUCGGCACCAGUGAUGUUACAGAGCGUUCCUCAAACGGGCAGUACCACCGGGAAAAUUGGUGAUUCCAGUCCGAAAAUUAUGGAAAGCAACAAAUCGAUUCAGAAAAAACCAUCGGGGAGUAAAGUGCGUUGUCUUUCUAAGACUUGCAGCUCCAAAGUUUCUUCGGACUGUUGCUGUGGAAAAGUGAAAAAGGUUCAAGAUUUUGUUCACUCCAGUAAGAUAUUUAAGUGAGGAAAUGCGUUUUGUUAAUAGAAACAUGUCCUGUAAGAGUGAUUAAAUGUGUUAAUAAAAAACUUGCUUGCUUGA